GAUUCAGGUUUAUAUUUAUAGUAAAGGAAGAUGGAGAUUGCUGAUGCUGAAGUGCAUUCUCUUUAUAAUGAGGUCUGGCAAUGGAAACUCAGAGAGAGUCCUGAACUAGCCUCUUUCUGUGGUUUUCAUGCAUAUGAUGACAGAUGGGAUGACAUUAGUGAGGAAGCUUAUCUAAGGAGAGAGGUGAGAAGUUAAGAUUUUUAUAAAAUAUAUACUUUUUCAAAAUUAACACCUUCAUUUUGAGAUAAUUUUUCUGUAGCAAAAAAAAAUAAGAAUUAUAUUUUUCUGUUCCCCUGUCCAUCCUUUUUUUACUCUGUAGGCCAAGCAUGUUUUCAGCGAAGCCUAGGGCUGCAUAUAUUUCAAAGAAAGAUUUUAUUAUAGUAAUUAUGCACAUUAUUAAUACUUCUUACCUUAUACUUAUGCAUAAAUAAUCAUAUCUCCAAUACGAUUAACGGCUCAUCAAGAAUAUAAAUAAAGAAUAAAGGAAUAAAAACUGAAGCGCUUCUUUAUUGAGAGAUUUUGCUUUGAAUUUUACUUUCACCUUUCUUACUUUGCAGUAGUUUCAGUAGUACCUGGCCUCAUUUGUUUUCUAAAUGGUCACCAUUCAAAGCAUUGCAUUUUUUGGACUUGAUAAGAUAAGAUAACAUCAGAUUCUUUUAUGGAUCCUAAAAAAUGGAAUUUUUUUUUGAUUGCAUUGUACAUAUUCAGCCCAUAAAUAAAACAAUUUGAACACAAGACAUCUACAUUAAAUUAUUUUACUAGUGUUAAAACAGCCAUUUAGUGAAUUCUCUUAGCCAUAUCAGGGACUUAUUAAUUCUCAUUAAGACUUGUGACUUCAUGGGGAAAAUGCUGGUAAAUUUGUACCGUUUGGGGAACAAAAGAAUUUGUAUAUCUUUCAGUCCUCGCCCUGAGAGAAAGAAUUCAUCCUGAAUGGGCAGAUCCUAAGUAUCUGUGAUGAAGAGGGUGUUAUGUAUCAUCAAAAAUUUGUUUAGUUUUAUAAUAACAUCUUUCUUCAAAUAGUUCUUCCAGUUAAGGAUGUUUAGUUUGUGUUAUGUUCCUUGCUUUCUUGAUUAGUCUGUUUAUUAGGCUUUUAAUAUCAGACGAUGAAUUCCCACACCAGCAGGUAAUAUUGAAAUUAAGUAGGCUUCCAAUUGUUGCACUGUAGAAUAAGUUAAUGACUUGUUUGUUUACGCCAAAGUUGUACAGUUUUUUGAGGUAGAUCAGUCUUUGGUUGAAUUUCUUAUACAGCAUUUGACCGUUCUCAUGCCAUAUUAGCUUAUUAUUAAUGGUGACACCUACUUACAUGCCUCUACUUUAUCUAUACUUUGAUUUUUUAUGUUUGAGAUAUGUAAUCUGGUGUUUCCCCCUCCUGAAAUCAAAAACCAUUUCCUUUGUUUUUGAGAAUUUCACUUUUGAUGAUUCAGCUGGAGAAAAUUUUCAUAGCACCAACUGAUAAAGCUUGUAAUUAAGUUGCAGUUAAAGCGUACCCCCCCCCCCCCCCCCCCCCCAGAUAUUAGCCAUCAUCAGCAAAUUUUAAGAUUGGAACGGUGUCGCUCGAGCUCUGAAUAUCCUUGGUAUAUAUUGUAUACAGUACAGGGGAGAGAACACAGCCUUGUAACGCCACAGUGCUUAUUUCUCUGGUUAGAGAUUAUUGGUCAUUUACCUUGACAUAUUGUGAGCGAUUUGUUAAAAAGUUUGCAUGAAUAUUUAAAUUUACACCUAGCUAGGAAAGUUUCUUUAUCAUAAGAUGUGGUUGGUCAUGGCAGAGUGUCCAGCGUCACUGACGUAGGUGCUUCCAAAAAGAAUAUGGUCAAACUUUGUUACAACAUCUCCACAGCUGUGGACAUUCAUGAGAGGAAACGUAUAACAUCCAGAAUUCAUUUAAUGACACAUUAUGUUUGCAAAUUAAAAAAAACUCUCAAAGAAUCGUUCGCACUAUCUCUCACAAUUCCUUCACAAUUCCUUCCUGACUGAAUUACAGUAACUACAAACAAACACAUUUUCUACUCAUUUAAAAUCUCAUACUCAGAUCUCUGAAUACUAGGUAGUUGUCCUUAAUGUCACAACAAUGCAGGAUAGACACACACUCUCCCAUACCUGGCUAGACUAUCUACUGAAAGAACAUGGCACUCUGCCCACCAUAGUCAUUUGUGACAUAUUUAGUACCCCAGCUCCCAUCUGGAUUUCUCUGACCGAAGACUUUCCUGUCAUAUUAUUAUCAUCCUACAAAGUGCAGUGGUUAACUUGCGGUGCUCACCUAUCUAUUUCAUCUUACAUGGUUCCAAUGGUGAGGGCAUGGAAAAUUUUAUAAGGACCAAAUAGCUACACAUCAAGUUACUUUUGGUUUCCCUAUUCAUCUUUCCCAACUCAGUUAGUAAUUAUACACAAUUCACUGUACAAGCAACAGAAAGGAGAAGAUAGUAUAUUAUUUCACAUUAUCACAUGUUUCCGCAUGAUUGCUUUGCUGAUGUGCUUCACAUAAAUUACUGCUACCUGUCAAGCCAUCCCACUCUUUAGUCUUUGUGAUCUCCCCUGUUUUCAAUGUUACAUCUUCACCUGUGCUUUCAAACAAUUUCCCAACAAUACUGAAUCAAUGAAUUUAGUUUGAAAAUAUUUUCACCCUAAAAUAUAACAUUUUUUAGACACAACAUAAAAAUGUCUUAUGCUCUGGCAGGUUUUUUUAAAAACAGUUUCCAGGCUCCAUUGGACCCAUGGGCGAGGUUUUGGACAACACUGCCCUAUAUCAUAAUUCUUAUUUAAAUUUUCUGGUUGCUUCUCUGACUUAGUAGCUUUGAAUUUUGAACUUUCUCCUAUGAUUAUAUCUUCCAUUUUCAUUUUAUCUCUACUUUUUUUAAACCUUUCUUUUAUUUGUUUUUUUCUGUUUGCAGACGAACGACUUUUGAUUUUUCAGUUUGUUUUCCCCUCAAUCUACUUUGUUCUUCAUAUUACCUUGUUUACACUGUGAAGAGUCGAGCCUCUUAUUAUUCUUUGUCUUAAGGAAACUGAUAUUUAUUUUAAUUUCAAAAUCAUUUAUAGCUUUUUCCUUUUUUAAGAAGAAACAACAACAAAAAACCCACCAACAACAAAACAAUAUUAUGUAUUUAAAUCAUUGUUUUGCUAGACAAGCAACAUCCAAAUGAUUGAAAAAUGGAAACCAAACCACAGAAUAAAACGGAAAUCAAUACUGAAAUUGAAGAGAGUCACCAACUAACAACAGACAGAGAAGACUUGCAAAUCAUACAGUUCAUGACCUAUCCCCUAACCAACAUUUACAAAUGGCUUAUAUCAAAACAGACCUAAUCCAAAAAAUAGAAAAGUACAGACACAUUACAAACAAUGAUAGCUGCAAAAAAAACAAACAUAGCAUCAUACCCAGAGGAUAUAAUCCAAAUAUACCCUAAUUGGUCAGCUUUUAAAGGAGCCCUACAUUCAGCUUAAGGUGUACAAAUGAGUACUUACACUGAUCAUGUAACAAACUCUGCAACCCCUGUGGUGGCAAUCUGCAGUAAUUAUGAAGCACAAGUGACUGCUGUUGAAGCAGCGUUACACCACCUAUCCGGCAAUCUUCACAGUUCAUGCCAGCAAACAAAGAAAUGUGGUUUCCUUUUCUGACUGCAAAUCAAUUAUUCAGGCAGCUAGCAUCAAGAUCUAAAAACAACAGUAAAAUCAUUAAUUCUGAAAAUAAACACCUUCCUUGAAACCUUUGCAGUCUAGCUAACCCCACAAUGGACACCAGGAUGCCAUAAUGUACCUGAAAAUGAAGGAGCAGAAGAACUAUCAAAACAGGAAGCUUCCAAUGAACAUCCAAACACACCUACAUCACUCAACACUGUGAAGCAGACUAUGAGAGCUAACAAAAAAAAGAGUGGUUAAAUUGAUGUGCUAUUGGCUCAAAACGAAGAUGUGUUUUGACACAUGCCCAGCCCAGGCAGUAAAGAUCCUAUAAACUGCCCCCAAAGACACGAAGAGGUCAUAAUCUUUCACCUGGCACAAGACACAUAGAACUUAGUUCCCACCUUAACCGCAUAAAGCCAGAUAAAACACCGAUGUGCCCCAUCUGCAGACAUCCAAAUGAAACAGUAAUACAUCACCUCUUCCACUGCCCAGCAUUUCAGGACUUACACCAAAAUUUUAAUCCAAAAAUACCAGACUACACCAACGCCCUAUAUACAAACGAAGAACAGCUGCUGAAAGUGUUUAUAUUCUUCCCCAAGGGCGCAGGCUGAAUGGCACAUAGCCUCCUGGAUCUGAAUCAUUAUGAUGAUGAAAUCAUUAUAUCCAAAUUAAUUUGCCAUGCUGCAAUCCAAUUACUUAAAAAAAAAAAAAGAGAAUAAUGUAACAGUUGGGACAAAACAUAUUCUAUAAUGUCAAUGGUCUUUCUUUCAUAUGACAAACAUUUUGUAUUUCUCACUAAAAUUUUAUAGAGGAAUUUUUAAUUCUAAUUUUAAAGAACUGUAUCAGAGAGUUCUUGAAAAAAGCUGAAUCAAUUGAUACUGCAGUGUGCAGUAAAGAAGCAGCUUUAAAUCAUGCCCUUCUUGUAGAUGAUUUCAAACUUUAUCUAGAAGGAGUGAAGUACAAAAGGUGAGCCAUUAAUCAUUUACUAUUAUUUAAAUGAGUCAUCAGCUUCUAAUCUAAUGAGACAAACACAUGUUCUGAUAUAAGGCAAACAAUCAAGUCUUAAGUUAAACAGUUAAAUAAAUGAUAAAUGAUACAUGUAUUUAAUGAUAUUAAAGGGUUGAAAUGGCUAAUAUAUCUUCUUUAAACUUAUGGUAUUGAUAUAAUUUUUUUUUUCAAAUUAAAUGCACAUUGUUCAUUUUAACAGUUUUUUUUACUGUCACUAAUUUGUUCUAGCUAUCUGAUGCCCGUUAACUACAUUGAAGGUAUCCACAAUGACUGUAAUCUAACAAUAUCAUACAUGAUAUUUGAGUCUGAAGAGGACUUUAGCAUGUACAUCAGGAGACUUGAGAAAUUGCCUCUUAGGGUAUGUUGUAAUACUUUUAAAUUAAUGCAAUAUUUUUUAGACUACAAAUUAUUUCUUUGGUAUUAUUUAGCCAAAAAUAAAAUAAAACUGGCUUAAUCAUUUUAAAAUCUGCAGUUUUCCCAUUUAAUUUGAGCCUUUAAAAGUUAAAUUUAUGUUGUAAAAUUUCAGAAUCCACAUUUUUACAUUUCAAGAAUGUAAGAUCCCAUUUCCUUUUCUUUUGAAGUGCCAUAUAAAAAUGUGUGUUAUUUUCAAUUUUGAUAAUUACUUUUCUCAGCCCUACAGCUAAUCCUCAGAUUUCUAUUAACUGUUUUGAUUACAAAUAAUUUUUGGUUUUUUGUUUUGUUUUAAAUUUUUUUUCCAAAAUCAUUAAAUAUAAUUAUGUUUAUCAUUUUUUUUUUGUAGUGAAAAAAUUAAACGAUAAUCAAUAAUUAUUUAAUAAAUUAAUGUUUUUCUUCUUCUGCAUAAGAAACAUAUGGUAUUAAUUAGGUACUCCAAAACUCACUUCAAGUUUUAUGCUAGGGGGAGAGGAGGGAGGCCGGGUGUAAGGAAAGGAGGUUUGAAUUAUCUAAACAUAGAUGAACUUUCAUGUCAAUCUAACCUUGCUUUUAGGCACAAAGUAGAAUGUGAAUUUUGGGAAUGCAUGAUGGAUGAUAAUAAAUUUAAAAAAAAUGACAGAUUAAAAACCUAUAUUAUACUCUGUAAAUUUUGACUCUUUUUCUACCAGAUAGAGCAAGUGAUUACUGCCUUAAAGCGGGGUGUUGAAUGUGGUAUUGUGAUGUUCUUAAGUUCUGUGGUGAGUUGGUUUAAGUUUAAAAGAAUCAGAUCCAAACUUUAAUUUGUGAGCAAAAAAUGUUUAAUACACCAGUUUGACUGUCUUGUGGUAAAUGCUUACUAAUUGACACAUUUUAGGGGAUUGUACCCAAGCAGCUGGAUGCUUACUUCACUACACCAAUCGAUGAGCUUGGGCUUUUAAAGCCCUUUACUGGAGUUCAUCCUCGGAUAUCCAAAGACAAGCUGUAAGUAGAAAAGGCCUGAACUGUGAUCUGUUCAUUAAAAAGUGAUCAUUUUCUUCUUUUUUUUUUCCAUUUAAAAAAAAAAUUAUUAUUUCCUCAAAAGUUCAAUCAGUUCAAGUUCUUUAAAAAGUUUGUGAAAUAUGUAUUGAGUUGUAUUUCUUGGACUUUGAACAAUAAUAAAUUUAUUAUCAUUUAUACCAAUAACAUUUAUUUUGUUUAUUAUUAAUAUAAAUUAUAUACAUUUAUAUUGCUGCAUUUAAUUGUUGAGCACUACACUGUUUAAUCUUUUUUUUUUUCUUUUUUUUUUAAAGUGAAAAUUUUAGAACAAAGGCUAAAGACUUGAUAAAAACAGGAGUUUUUCAGGCAAUAAAAGCUUUGAAAAUUUAUUUGGAAGAGGUAAAAAAAAAAGUAUAAACAAUGUAUCCUAUUAAAGUAUAAAACUAUAGGCCCUAUAUCUUAUUCCAUGACAUUCUUUUUUCUGCCAAAUUUGAAAAGCUGACGGAUAGCAAUAAGUCAAAUAGAAAUGGAAUAUUCUUAGGCAUCCCUAAAAAAUUACACUCUACUUUAAAAGAAAUCUUUUUUUGGUCUCCAAAAGGAAUAUUUUCAGCAUUUGCGUCCUAAAGAAGGAAUCAGUUGUCUGCCAUUAGGGACAGAGUGGUAUCAACAAUGCCUGAAAUUUCACCUGAGUAUGCCAAUGACUCCUCAACAAGUAAAUGAUAUUGGCAUCAAAGAGGUUGCACGUAUAAGGAAACUCAUGUUGACUUUGGCUAGUAAAGAGGAACUUGGACAAACCUUUCCUGAAAUUCUUCUUGCUUUAAAAAGGCGACAGAAUAAUUUCUUCAAAACAAGUGUAAUUGUUUAAAAGAUAAUAAUUGAUGGACUGCAUUCUUAAGUUGUGUAAAUGAAAUAGUAGAACAAGGUAUGUUAAGCUUGAAUUAAUAGAUAGGACGUUAAGAUUUGAAUGUUUCGGCCUAGAGCCUUCUUCAACAAACAAGACAAAUAAAAAAGUAAAAAAAUUUUAGAGAUCUCCUUUAUUGUUGCUGGAAUUAGGAUUGCCUACAACAAAGGAGACCUCUAAAGUAUUUUACUGUGCUCUGUUACUUGUUUUACUUCUAUUUGUCUUGUUUGGUGAAGAAGGCUCUAAGCCAAAACAUUCAAAUCUUAUUGUCCUGUCUAUUAAUUCAAGUUUAACAUACUUGGUUCUACUAUUUCAUGUAAUUGUUUUACUUGCUUUAUGUAAAAAACAUUGUCAUCAAUUAUUAUAAAGUUAUGCUAUUUAAAGAUAAAUAUCAGAAAUAUUUAUUGUCAAGACGCUUCAUUAAAAUAUAAGCAGAUUUUCAUUUUACUCUCCUAUAAAAAAUUAAGACUGUUUUAAUUAUACUGAUCCAAAAGAUAGUGCUGUUCAUACUUCUUCAUGGCAAAUAUUUGUAGUGCAUUGUUCAAAAAGCCUUAAAAAUUAUUCUUUGACCAGGAUGAAGUUCUUGACUUUGUGAAAGAUAUUUGCUACAAUAAGAUUCGACCAAAGCUAUCCCACAUGUUUAAUGGAUUACCUAACAUACCCAUGGUGUAAGUAUAAGAAAUAAAUAACGCUUUUAUAUGUUAAAAUCGCUCUAAAAAUGACUUUAUGAAAGCUGCUAAAAAAAAUAUUUGACAGCAACUCACUAAUGCGUUUUUUUUACAAAAAAGAGUAAAAAUAUCUUUAAGAUAUAUUUAAAAAAUAAUAUGAAGAAAGCUUGGAUUCUUGCCUUUAGGCUUUUUAUUAUAAAUUAAACAACCUAACAAAAAUAAUUGUUGAAAAAAUCAUUUUGGAUGUCAAGGUUUUUAAAAUAAAUACUAAUUAACAUAUGUAUUUCCAGAAUCAAACCAGUUCCUGACUACAUGAAAAAUGUACCUGCUGGUUUUUAUUUAAAUGGAACUCCAAAUGGAUCCAGGGAAGGAAGCUACUGUAUUAAUACCCACAAUCUAGCAGCUUGGUAAGAGUGAUUUCUUUAUCUAUGUCCAGAAGAAAUGUGAGAAAGAAAAUGUGUGAAAAUAGAUGCUAGUCAAAAUAAAAAUCAAAUUUUUGUUUCAAUACAUUUUGUUGGUAUUAAAGGAUUCAGCUUUUCCGACAAGGCAUCCACUGGGAAAUAUCUGUACUUUGUUCCAAUAAAAUAAUUUUUUUUUCACAUUCUUCAAAUUUCAUUUCUUAUUCUUACCCACAGACGCUGGCCCACUUUAGAGCGCUUCACUUACGUCUAAAUUGCAACAAAACAUUGGGCAAGAAUUGAUUUCCACCUUUCUAUGUCAUCUUUAUUUUCAGCGUUCACAAGGCUUAUAUUCAACUUUUUCAUGAUCCUUGGAAAUGUCCCCCCCUAUGAGUCUUUCAAGGUCUUACCCGCUUAAUCUAGCCCAUUAGGGGUAUCUAGUGUAUUGGGGUCUUGGCUAUACACUGUUGUGGUGGCCAUAUUAUUUGCUCUGUAAGAUUACACUUGUGGUGGCCAUAUGAUUUGCUCUGUAAAAUUACAGUGUUGGUAGUAGCCAUGUGAUGUGCCCUGUAAAAUUACACUGUUGUAGCCAUGUGAUGUGCCCUGUAAAACGACACUGUUGUGGUGGCCAUAUGAUUUGCUCUGUAAAAUUACACUGUUGUGGUGGCCAUAUGAUGUGCCCUGUAAAAUUACACUGUUGUAGCCAUAUGAUGUGCCGUGUAAAACUGCACUGUUGUAGCCAUAUGAUGUGCCCUGUAAAAUUACACUGUUGUAGCCAUAUGAUGUGCCCUGUAAAACUACACUGUUGUAGCCAUAUGAUGUGCCCUGUAAAAUUACAGUGUUGGUAGUAGCCAUAUGAUGGCCCUGUAAAAUUACAGUGUUGGUAGUAGCCAUAUGAUGGCCCUGUAAAAUUACAGUGUUGGUAGUAGCCAUAUGAUGGCCCUGUAAAAUUACACUGUUGUAGCCAUAUGAUGUGCCCUGUAAAAUUAUACUGUUAUGGUGGCCAUAUGAUGUGCUCUGUAAAAUUACAGUGUUGUUAGUAGCCAUGUGAUGUGCCCUGUAAAAUUACACUGUUGUGAUGGCCACAUGAUGUGCCCUGUAUAAUUGCAGUCUGCACAGAGUAACCUAUUGUUUCCAGUCUCUGUGUUCUGCUUCAGCUUUGGACUUCUUCAUUCUUUAAAGUUAUCACUGUAGCUGAUCCCCAUAUAUCACUGUAGCUGAUCCCCAUAUAUCACUGUAGCUGAUCCCCAUAUCUUUCUCAGACAUCUUUGAUGAAAUGCAUUAUGUGUGUUGGCUGAUUUCUUUUUCAUUUUCCAUAUCUAGCUGCCAUGAAUGGAAGUUAAGAUGAUGGUGCUGACAUACAAGGGGAGCUUUCCUGUGUGGGAUCUAAUUUGCAUUGACCUAAGUGGGCAAAGCUUUGAAGAUAUUGCUGCUAAUGUUGUAAACUUGUCAACAUCUUUAAGAUUCUUGUCACUGACUGCUAUAAUAAUUACUCAUUUAUGAUGAGAGACAAUAAUUUUAAUUUUGUCCAUACUGAUGCUCAUGUUUACUUAACCAUCUUCCUGUUCCAGGUUAGUGCUUAUAUUUUGGUGCAGUGUUCUGUAUCUGCUAUUAACUGUGUUAUCGGCUAAAUCAAGGCUUGUUAAAUGACCUCUUGGAUUCCCAUUUCAAGUUCUGCCAUCAUCCUUUUCAUAAUGAAAGCCCAAGAUUAUUGGGAAUGGAUGCAGUAGUCCUGUCAUAAACUUGAAUGAUUGUCUAAGAAUUCAUUUUUCCCAGCAUCAGAAUCUGCUUAAACUUAAAUGAAAAAAAAUUAUGUUUAUAAAAUGACAACAGAAGUUGAUGGAGAUAAAGGAAUGCUAUUAUUGUAAUUGCACAAAAUUUCCCAAAAAAGAUUCACUUACAUCAUUUUUGAGGUUAAUUUAAAAAAAAUUAAAACUAGAUUUUGAAACUCAGUCCAUUGGUAAAAAAUGUGUUCAUUACAUGACCUCCCAUAUUGGAAACCAAACUAUUUCUCCCUUAGCACAUGUUUCACUGCAUCCUGUUGAUGGUUGAGCAGGUCCAUACAAAGUGCUAACCCAUUGUAAUAAUGGGAGGAUAAUGCCGCCCACCCCAGCUAUUUAAAAAUUUUUUUUCUCAUUUAAUAAUCACAACUUUUCCCCCAGUCACUUGGCUUUUCAGAUUCCAGCAGAAUUCAAACAGUUUUAAUAUUUCUGAUGCUAUUUUGAUUUUUAAUUAAUUUUACAUGUGUAUUCAUAAAAUUCAAGUAAAUACCCUGUAUUUAAUGAUUAAUGAAAAUUUUGACAUUGUAGCUUCAUGACUUAACUGUGAGACUCUGCAUGGUAUUUAUAUUUCUACAUUUGUAUUAUGCAUGCUGCUAUUUUCUUAUUUAUUAAUAUUGUUUUAUCUUCCCUGAUUAACAUUCCUUUAUCGAAGAAAAAAAAAGAAAAAAAAAACGGAUAAAAAAGUUGACCUGUGAGGUUACUAAUAAUUUGAAUUUCGUUUUUUUAAAAUUAUUUUCAAACUUUCUGAACUCCUACAUCUUUCUUUAAAAAAACAACAAAACAAAACAAAAAAAAAAACAAAAAAAAACAACAGAUCUAGCAGUUGAACAAGGAUAAUUUUUCUACAAACUUAAGACACACUUGAGACAUCAGUUAGAGGCGCUAAAAAUCACUAAUUUUUUAUAUCCUCAAGCAUUUUUUGCUAUGAAGAAAACUUUUAAAAAAUUUAAUAUGAUUUCAAGCUGCUGUUAUUUUCUAUUUAAUCUAAAACUGUAUUGCAAAGAGAUUUAUGCCAACAGGUUAACUGUAGGUGGAAGAAUAAGAGUGGAUAAUCUUUUUUUAAUCAUUUUUAAAUAUUGUUUCUAUAAUUACUCUCCUGAAACCCGUGUUUUAGAUUGAAUCUGAAUUUAAUUAAGAAGAUGCUGUAAUUAUAUCUUAUAUUUAAAUCCAUGCACAAACUAAUUCGAAUAGAGAAAUACUGAAAAUGAAACAUUGUUAUUCUAACUUUAAAAAAAUAUUUUAAACAGCAUUCCCUUUCAACUGCCUGCUCUUAGUUUACAUGAAGGCGAACCCGGUCAUCAUCUACAAGUAAGCAACAUUUAUUUACGAUCUCAAACCAAUUAGGGCUCUGAUGAAAGAUGUGGGGUAACUUUAAGAAGUAUGUUGAACCUCAUAAUAAGCUUGAAUAUGGCAAUCAGCUGUUUUAUUUUUUGCACAUUAAAUUUGAAAGUAAGGAUUUUAAUUAUUGUUUAUCUAAUAUAUAAAAUUAUUAAUGUCUACUAAAAAUUAAAUUAUUUGAUAUUCCACAGAGUAUAUAUAUCUUGGGCUCCAAACAUUUGCCAGAGUUACGAAAAUAUGCAGAAGACAGUAAAUAUUAUCUGGCUCCUGGAAAAUUUCCUUUGAAAACUGCUUAUGUUGAGGUUGUGAUUUAAUGAAAUAGUUAAAUAAAAAAUAGCUUAUAUUUUUAAAGGCAUUUAAACAAAAUUAAAUAAAUCAAGACUUACUGUUUUCUUUUUUUAUAAGUAAUUUCUAAAAAUUAAAGCAUACUGACCGCAGUAAUCAUAAUUAGAAAUGUUUUACUCUGCUUUAUUGACAUCAUAUUUGACUUAUCUAUAAUUUGCUCAUUGCUAUUAAUAGUAAACCCAAUAAUUUGGAAUCUUUGUGUUAAUUAAAUCAUUAAUUAUACUAUUAAUUUAUACAAAUGGUGGAACAUGAGCUUUAAACAAAAUAGGCUUAUUAUGGAACACAUAUCUUAUCAAGCAAUGUCCAUUUAAUUUAUUUUGAAGUUUCAUAUUUUAUUUCUAUUUGAAUUUUUCCCCAUACAACAAAGGGCUGGGGAUUGUAUGCAGAAGGAUUAGGAGAAGAGCUGAACAUGUAUCAGGACAAUAUGGAAUUGUAAGCCCAACCGUUUUUAUUUUUAGCUCAAUUUUUUUUCUUUCAUUUAUACCCUGGAUUAUCCAAAAUAUAACUAAGUUUCCCUUUUCACCAAAACAUAAAUAUUUGACUUUUAAUAGACAUUUUGCAAACACUUAAUUUUUCAUUCAACUGCUGUUAGAACAGAAAUGAUUUUCUUCAACAGGAUUGGGCGUUAUAAUUAUGAAAUCUUUAGAGCUGCAAGGUUGGUUGUGGACACUGGGAUUCAUGCUUUUGGGUCAGUAAUUUAUAGUUUUAUAAAAGAUAUUAAAUUUUAAUUUUUUUUACUUAAGUAUUGGCAUAGAAUUAUUGAUUUGCUCCAUCACAAAAAGUUUUUAAACAAUUUCAAUACCCUUUACUUUUGAAUAAAUCUCCUAGUUGGACCAAGGAAAUGGCUGUUAACUAUAUGUUGGAGAAUACUUUGUCAACAGAGGAAGGGGCAGCUAGAGAGGUUGACAGAUAUAUCACCUGGCCUGGACAGGUGAAGCAUUUUAUGAAAUUGUUUGUCCCUACUAACAUUCCAUGCACCAUUUUUUUUCAGAAUUCACUUUGCUAACAAGUCUUGAGUUUUACUUUUUUUAUCUGUUAAAAAAUGAUUUUCUUAAAACAGUACUGAUAACUGUACACAGGAUUGUUUGGGUCAAGAAAUAUGCAAAAACAUAAUAUGUAUCAGUUUUUCCAGUUUAUUUUACGCAAAACUGUGGGAAGGUUUAAGAAUAUCUCAAUAAUUUGUGCAAGUAUAACUUUUGAAUAAUAAAGAAAAAAAGGUAUGGACUAUUCAAAAAACCCUUAAAUUACAAGAACUUAGGCACAUUAUUAUAACUAAUACAUUAUAUGAAUAAUUAUUUCAUUUUAGAUUGAUUUAAAUUAGAAUAUAAUACAUUUUUGUGAUAUUGCUACUAAUAUAGGCAAAACAUAGCUUAUGAAGUUUGGUUUGGUUUUUCUCUUUUAUUUAGGCUUGUGCUUACAAGGUUGGUGAAAUCAAAAUCUGGCAACUGAGGCAUAAAGCAGAGACCCAAUUAGGUAACAUUUUAUGAAAUAGAUUCUGUUUAAAUUAUAUGGAUAAUUUGAUAAAUAUUAUGUGAAUCUAAAGAGUUGGAAAGUGUUAGAGAAUAUAGUAAGAGACAGGAAAUGACUUGGAAAGAAAUUGUUCAUGGAACUAUGCUCCACUCGAAUUUGAAAAGGCAAAGAAGAAGAAGAUAUGAAUCUGACUCUAGUGGAGUUGAUUCAAAUAAUAAAUGAUGGUUAAUUAAAAAUGUCUGAGGUAUAUAUAUAUACUUUAAACAUACAUUUCUGUGCUGUCCUAGUCCUGAAAAAAUAUGUCCAUAAUAUUUACUUUUUUAAGAUAAGAUACUGAUGAGAUUAAGAUACAUUUUUAAAAUUAAUUUUAUAAAGAUUAAUGAUUAAAUAAUCAACAGGGGACCUAUUCAAUAUAAAGGAGUUUCAUCAUCUAAUUUUGGCAAAUGGGAGUGUGCCUCUACAUAUCCUUGAGACUGUUGUUGAUAGAUACAUAGAUGAAGCCAAGACCACAGCAUCUACAUCUUAACAAGAGCCACACAAAAAAUUGGCAUAAAGUUUGUUUUAAAAUCUUAUAUGUUGUACACUAUGCAAGUUAUUGCCAAGGUAUUUAUGUAAUUAUUCUUGUUAUGUCUUAAUAGUUCAAGUCUAAUAAAGUGAUGUAAAAUAUGUCUUACAAAAUCAAUAUUUGCGGAUGAUACAAAUAUUUUUUUUUAUCUUUAUAUAAAUGUACACAACAAAAUUUUGAAAUACUGGUGAUGCACAUUUAUUAAUGCAUUUUGCAUUGUCUGGGAGCAAUUUUUCAAGAAUAUUAUGUUUUAUACCUACACUUGUUUACUCAGUUUACCCUAUUUUGCCUUGAAAUUUAAAAAUGCCUUUAACCAGUGAUACUUAUAGCCAUAAAAACCAUAUACAUUAAUGAUGGAAAUUUUUGUACAUGCUUGCUCAGUACUUGUGAUAAAAGUUUAUCUACAUGUAUGCUUAAUUUUUUUCUGUGUAUGACUGGUUGACUGAAUGAUAAUUAUACUAGAAAAUUUCAAACCCUCAAGAGUCUUUUAGUAAAACUAUUUUCAAAAUGCUCUGCAUGUGCAAUAUAGUCUUCAACAGUGUAUCUCAACCUUUUUGAAUUCAAGGAUGGUUUUAGAUGAAAUUCAUAUUUUCAAUAUUCUAAGAACCACUGAUUUAAAACAUAAUCACCAGAAUUGCUUAGAUCCAAUAAAUCAGCUUUAACAUGAUAAAUGUUAUUUAAGUUUUUAAUUGUAAAAAAGAAAAAUGUUAUAAUAUAUGCCCACCCUCCCAUUUCCAGGACACCCUGAAUUUACAAAAAAAAAACAAAAAAACAAACAACAAACCAUGUCCUAAUUUAAACAACACAUUUAAAUAUUAUUUUAAUUAUCUGUAACAUUAACAGAAUUGGAUAUAUUGGUAUCUUCAUUUAAAGAUGAACGAAAGCUUCUCUACUACAUUAUCGGGAAAUCAUAAAACAAAAAAAUUUUAAGAAGUGAAGAAUACCUUAACUAAUUUUUACAUUUGUAACAGCCGUGAGUUUUUUAAAAAAGAAUUAUAAUUAAUGUCAUAAAAAUGUACACCCACCUUUUCUUGAACUUUAUUUGCACAAAAUGGAAACAAAAAUAUAUUUUCAUAUCUUGAAAGGAAAUUUUAAGCCAUAUUUGUUCACACCCUUAAACUAUCGAGGAAAAAAGAUAUGCCUCUUCUUUUAAGAUUAAAUUUUCAUGUGUGUAAAAUGACUGAGAUAUUUUCAUUACAUAAAAAUGUUCCCACUCUCUUUUCUUUCGCAAUUAAUAUGUAUUUUCAAGAAAUAUUUACAAGACAUUGUUUAACAUGAACAUAUGGCUUAUCCUCAUACAUAUUUGCCCACCCUUUAUCCUCACUCUUGAUGAAUUGUAUCUUUGGAAAAUCUAGAUGUUUUAGUUGCAACGAAAAUGGCAUCCUCUAUUUUCCAUUUCCCAACUUUUUUGAGGUCUGGGUAUAUUUAUGUAAAUGUACCCACUGUUUGUCAAAGUCUUUGAGAUAUAACUGUACUUAUAUAAAAUACACAGAGCUAUAUUGUGACGUAAUUUGUGCUGUCUUCGGCACCCAGCCAACUGUACUGCCCAAUUUGUGCUGUCUGGGGCCAAAUCUAAAAAUCACAUCCCCAUCCCCUUACACAAAUAAACAUUAAUAAAACCACCCCUAUGUUGCUACAGCACACUUUUUCCACUCCCCUAAACUAAGCAAACAUUAUAAUGUCCCACUCCAGUUUUACCACCCAAUUUAUUACAUUAUAUUUUUAAAAAUAUUUCAAUGCUUGUAUAUUUUUAAAAAGAUUUGUAUCUAUUUUUAAUGUGAUGAAAAUAUUUUUUUUUUAAUGUGUGUCCAAAAUUAUUUUUUUUUCAUCCUUGGAUGUAAAAACAUGAAAUUGCAAAAUUAAAAGUUCACAAUUUUAUUUUAAAUUAUCCUGUAUUUUCCUGUAUCUUGCAAGUCUGUAUUUUUUUAAUAUUUUAAGAUUUUACUAUGACGGAAGCUAAGUCACUCAUGUACCUAGAAUGUUUUUUAAAGUGUACCACCCCCAUUAGCCCCCAUCUAAC